UUGAGGAAUAAACAUCAUAUUUAUAACUAAUUAGACGCAAGGUCAACCCCAAGUCUACUGAUUUCAAACUAGAUUUAAUUAAUCUUCAGUUAAGUUUGCAAAAUAAAUAACUUUGAUAGAGCGGGCAUUUUGCUAACUGUGGCAAAAAGUCAAAACUGACUUGAACUCUAAAAUUCGGAAACUAAAAAUUACCAAUAAUAAUUAAACGGGCUAAUUAAUUAAUAUGAAAAUGCUCCGGAUGUUGGUGCUAUUGCUUGUGGCUAUGGCGAUGGAGUCACGUGCCGAUGUUCUGGACCAGUUGGGGUCUGAUGUCAACAAGGAUGGGCUGAAUAUGGAUGUUUUGAAAUACCUAGACGGGCUUCUUGAAUCGUUUUCUUUUGACGAAAAGGAAGAUAAAGAAACAUCAGACAGUGUAGACCGCCUGAAGAAACUAGUUCGCGAUGCCCUCUUUCUGGGACUGGACAACCUGGAGCAGCAGCUGGAGUCCACUAGAGAGUUGUCACGUGACCCGGACACUAAGAGAAACGUGACGGAGUUGAUCACCUCUAAAGGGUACAGCUGUGAGGACCACAUUGCACAGACACAGGAUGGCUACUUGCUCAGUCUGCAGAGAGUCGGUCCAAACAGCACUCAUGGACAACAGUUCCUGAACAAGACUAAACCAGUGGUGCUGCUGCAACAUGGUCUGCUGGAUGCGAGCACCACCUGGGUCAUUAACCAGGCCGACAACUCCCUCGGAUUCAUGCUGGCAGAUGCCGGAUUCGAUGUGUGGAUGUCCAACAGCAGGGGAAACACAUACAGCCACGCAAACGUGAACAUGAAUUCGAGGCGUCGCAAAUUCUGGGACUUCUCGUGGGACGAAAUGGCCAAAUACGACUUGCCAGCUGUGUUGGAUUACGUGACAGAGGAAACAAAUGUCUCCUCCAUCUACUACGUGGGCCACUCCCAGGGCACUCUGAUGGCAUUCACUGGCUUCAGCCAGAACCACACUCUGGCCAACAAGGUCAAGCACAUCUUCGCACUCGCUCCCAUUAGUCACGCAGGGCACCUCAAAGGUCCCGUGCGGCUGGUAGUGCCGUUCCACGGCAUAUUGUACGACUUCCUGAAUCUAGCAGGCAUAGACGAGGUCCUGCCUAGCAACAUCAUCACAGAGGACAUAGGGAGGACAUUGUGUGGCACUAUCCCACUCGUGUGUGAACUGCUCACUUUCAGCUUCGCAGGGGUGGACUUCUUCGCAUUCAACAAAUCAAGAGCAGAUGUCUUCUUCUCUCACUUCCCCGCCGGAACCUCUCUGCGGGACAUCAACCACUGGGCCCAGCUGAUCCAGAGUGGAGACACCCAGAUGUACGACUUCGGCUGGCACGACAACCAGAAACACUACGGACAACACGAGGCUCCCAUCUACAACAUCACAGGUCUGGACAUCCCGGUGUCUCUCUUCUCCGGCGGGCGAGACUGGCUGGCAGAUCCGAGAGACGUGGACAAACUGCGACAGGACAUUAACCACACGAUAGUCUACGACAACACCCUCGACAGGUUCGACCACAUGGACUUCGUGUGGGGCACUACGGCCAAGGACAGAGUGUACAAGGAGAUCAUUCUGCAGAUCAGGGAGUCUGAAAGGGAGCAGAGAGACCGGCACAGGGGGAGGAACAAGCGACACCCGAAGAACCACGAAUCCUAACCGAUCCCAAGUGACGACAAAGAGCUAUAGUUUAGAGAUGAGAGAUGGCAAAGUGAAUUGUUUCAAAAUAGGCCAACAAUACUCAUUUAUCACUUCUAAUAUUCAAUCAAGCUCAGACGUGAAUCUAAAUUUUAAACCAUCUCCAGAAAUAACCUUCAACUAGGGUAUUGGUAACAUGUAUGCGAUUAAACAUUUGCCGCAAAUAAAGGAAACUUAAAAUUGAAAAAAUUAUGUAAAAUUAAAAUCAACUCACAGCAUUUUUGAGUAGAAAAAUCAUCGGUUAAUGGAUGUUCGUGUUGUUUUGACAUUCAACUUCUCGUACGGU